AUGUUGGAUCCGCCUGGCGUCUUCACUUAUCGCGACGGUGUUGCCGUAAUCCAAAUCUUUUUCUUCGCCAUAUUCCUGGUCUUUGGCUUUAUACUAUGUCAUCGCCACGGCUUCCGGCGCUCCGAAGGCUGGGUCAUAUUGAUCACCUUUUCUCUGCUGCGCUUAAUUGGAGCCUCGUUCCAGCUUGCAUCCAUCAACUAUCCGACUGAUUCUGUCUACGGUGGUGCACUCAUUUGCGAAGGAAUUGGCUUGGCGCCGCUGACACUGCUCAAUAUUGGCAUCUUUGGGCGACUGAAUAAAUAUGCCAAAAAGAUACAUCACAAGGCCUUUUCCGUCAUCUCCCUCGUCGCCAUUGCGGGUCUCGUGCUGGGCAUCUACGGUGGCAUCAACUCUUCCGAGUCGGCCGAUUUGGGAACCAACGCCUUGCUCAAAGCUAGCGUGAUCUGCUUUCUAGCGGCAUACGUUGCCUUUUUGGGUUUGUUCCUACUUUUCUUGACCUGGUUGAGCAGGAUCCCCCCCAACGAACGACCCUUGCUUUACGGCUUUGCCUGCUGCAUUCCCUUCAUGGUCGUGCGAUUCAUGUACAGCGUUCUGCCGACGUUUAUACCAAGCAUCAGGGACAACUACAAUGCUCUCUUUGGUAAUGUCACAAUAUAUCUGUUCAUGGCUGUCCUGGAAGAGAUCGUCAUUGUCGCCUGUUACGUCUACAUCGGCAUGAGGUUAGACGAGCUCCCGCCCGAAUUGAAGGCCCCGCCUUUGAGCUUCAAGAAGAAGGAUAAGAAGAAGAAGAGAAAGCACUCGUCACAGGAUAGCGGUGAGAACAUCUUGAAAUGA